CGUGUGCUUUCGGGAUGGAGGAUGGGGGGUGCGGGGGUUAAAGAGAAGAGACUAGUUCUGGAAGAUUGUGAGGGAUGGAGGGCGUGAGCGGAGGGGAUUAAACAAACAGGUAUAAAAGAGAGAGACAGCGAACAGAGGGAUGGUGAAGAGAGACUGCAGAAAGAGAGCCGAGGAACACAAACUCGCCUUUGUUUUGCAUCUCUGCACUUGCUCACCGAGCAAGAAAUCAAGCCUCAGAAAACUUCCCUGCUGUGAAGCAAAGUAAAUAAACGCAAUGGACGUCGCAGCCCCCGCAGAUAAGAAGGGACCCCCCAAGUUCAAGGCAAGGGCCAUCCGCACCUUCAAGAGCAAGGCCCCAAAACCAGGCCAGAAGGGAUUCGGAGACGACAUCCCUGGAAUGGAAGGACUCGGCACAGACUUCACCGUGAUCUGCCCGUGGGAAGCGUUUGGCGACAUGGAACUGAGUGAUUUGGCUAAAUAUGGAAUUGUGUAG